CUAUUUAAACAAAUACCAUCGGACCUCAAGUUUGUUCUCCCAUCGGACGGUGGUACAACAUUAAACAAAUCCGAUUGUGUACUCAAUACUCAAUCUCCUCUCUGUUCCUAGCGAUUAGGGUUCCUUUGUUCUCGCAGACAAGCUGGUUCGGAUAUGGCUGAUUCUCCCCGAAAAAGGUAUUCACGAUCUCCUUCUCCAUGGGGAGAAAAGUCUCGCUCAAGAUCAAGGUCAAGGUCUCGCUCCAGGUCAUUGUCAAGGGAGAGGGGACGUUCUAGAAGUCGUGACAGGAAUGCUCCUCCUAAUCCUGGGGACACCCUCUAUGUUACUGGUUUAUCUUCUAGAGUUACAGACAGGGAUCUUGAAGAACAUUUCUCCAAGGAGGGAAAGGUGAAAUCAGUGUUUCUAGUUGUGGAGCCGCGAUCCCGGAUUUCUCGAGGAUUUGCUUUUGUAACAAUGGAUAGUGCUGAUGAUGCAAAUCGUUGUGUUAAACACCUCAAUCAAUCAGUUCUCGAAGGUCGAUACAUAACUGUAGAGAAGUCCCGAAGGAAACGUCCUAGGACUCCAACACCUGGGCACUAUCUUGGGCUCAAGAGCACCAGGGGUGAGGGUUAUCGUGGUGGUGAUCGUGGGAGGUAUCGUGGCUACAAUGAGUACGGCUAUCGAAGGUCACCGCCAAGGCGUUCACCAUCAAGACGUUCACCGCCUAGGCGUUCACCACCAUAUCGAGGUGGAAGGGAAUAUUCACCUAGGCGGUCACCAUACGGGGGAAGGUCAAGAAGGGAUCGGUCCAGGUCAUAUUCUCCCUAUCAUCACAGUCUUGAUAGGAACUAUGCUCGAGGUGGAAGAUAGGAUCUCUCUUCAUGGAUUUCAUCUGUUUCUAUGUGUACCUUAUGAAAGGAGGACCCAUUCACAAGGGCUUUCUAGCUGAGUUUGUCUUAAAUAUUUGUUGAAGACCAUGAAUGUUGAUGCGUGUUUUCUCUUCCAUAGCUUCAUGCCCGCUGUCAUGCUUUAAACUUUAAAAGAAUAUUCUAAAAAAAGCAUUGACAUUUUGAUGUGUAAGCAUCAAGUUAUUCAUGUUUAUUGUUGUCAAGGACUUCUAUACUUGUCAAGUGUUGUCAUCUUGCAUUCAUAGGUGUAGUAAAACUGUGGAAUAUGUGGGAGGAAAGCAGUUUGAUUUUUAUAUGGAGUACUAAAGAUUCACAUAAA